UUUACAGAUUUUCCAUGUGAUAUUAUUACUGACUCCUGUAUGGUGUCAUGACGUUCCUCUCCACCGGGGGGCGCCGUCUUCUUUGGUCACUCGGUCGACAGCAGGUGUUCCGAGGUGAAGUGGCUCGCAGCGCUCGGGUGUUUCCGUCAGGACUCGGCAGCAAGCCGCCGUGGAUGUGGGAAUGCGGUUGCCAGAGGCUGUGGGCAUUGGUGGACGCUCGGCGGAGAUGUACGCACGGCUGCAGGAGCCCUCAGUGGCCGAAUGUCGUCCGAGUUAGCGGGUUGCUUCUGGAAUGUCAGACGGCCAGUUCGACUGGGAGUGUUUCUGUCGGGGAUCUUCUGCCUUGUAGGGGGACGAGAGCGCAGCCAGGAAGGAUUCCCCCACACCAUGGAGCCGGGCACUGCAGGCAGCUGUGAAAGGUGACGGUGAAAUGAAAUGCAAAACACCUGACCCCCAACUAUAAACCUUUUCCUGGUGAUGCAUCGAGGUGACGAUACAUAACAAGUUGUGGAGUUUGUGAAGCCAACGGCAACAUCAUGUUCUAUGGUUCUUCGUCGGGGGCCAGUAUGUCCCUUCCAUCCAAGAGCCGCCUGAAACGCCAGAGCAGGACCUUCACACAGGUCCUGUACCGAACUCUGAGCUACAGAGAUCGUGUCCCAGCAGAAACUGGAACCAACACCCGAGGCGACCGGCGCUCCACCACUGAGCCUCCAGAGCGGCCAGCAGACGACCCAGCUGAACUCUCCACGCAGAGCUCAGCCCCUGGGGUGCUGAAGAUCUUUGGAGAUGAAAUCUGUGCAGGCGCCAAUUACAAGAGCGUCCUGGCCACGCCUCGAUCUAGUGCCCAGGAGCUGGUAAAGGAGGCCCUGGAGCGCUACUCGCUCAAUAAGAACGCUGCUCACUGCUAUGUCCUGUGCGAUGUGAUCGGACGUCUGGAGUGCGGAGGUGGCAUCGGAGGAGGGGGGUGGCGGACUGAGUGCCUACGAGCACUUGGGGACAAUGAGAAGCCACUGUUGCUCCAAGAACUGUGGAAGCCCCGAGAAGGACACGCUCGCAGGUUUGAGCUGCGCAGGAGGGCAGAGGUGGAGGAACUGAACGCCAAGGAGAAGGACACCAUCACUGCUGGGCCCAAAACCCCCCAAUUCCUGGCGGCUCUAAUGGGUCGGUCUGGGCUAGGCAAACACAGGAGCUCCCCCCUGCGGUGCGGUCGAGUGGUACAGUCUGGCUCUAAAGAUAUUAAUGCCCAGGCUCGUAAGCUCCAGAGGAACAGGGCGAAGGGGGCUCUGACUCUGCCCCGUUCCAGCAACUCAUCCUUCAGUCGCAGCCUCAGUGAGACCAGCCUCAACCAGCUUGGGAUGGGAGAGGAGCCCAAGCGUUAUUACUCCACACUGCCAGGACCUUUCAGAGGCCGAGAACAUGAGAUGGCGAGCAGCGGUCGAAGGAAGGAGGAGGGGAGUCAAGGGGGAGGAGGGGUGAGGCACUCUCUGUACCAGUCCCCCCACCUUCUGCUGCUACAGGGCUUCAAUCGACAGGACUGCCUGGUUUACCUGCUGAACAGGGAGCAGCACACAGUUGGUCAGGAGACUCCCUCAGCUCGACCCAACAUCUGCCUCUUCUCUCCAGACAUCCUGCCUCUCCACUGCCGGUUGCGUCGCGUCCCUACUGCCCGUCGCCAUGCUGUCAACAGCAGUACCAAGGGAGAGGAGCUGCCGGAGAGUCAGCGGUCCUGUGUGGCUGUGGAGCCCGUACUCAAUGCCACGGUCCUUGUGAAUUUUUCCCGCUGUGAGCGCUCUACCACUCUGCGACAUGGUGACCUCCUCUCCUUCGGAGCUCAUUACAUCUUCCUGUACAAGGACCCCACAGGUGCUAAGCCUCUGCCGGCCCAAACCCUGGCACGUCUUCGCACACUGGGGCAGUUGUACGAUUCCGGACUGGAGGAGGCUGAUGGCGGAGCUCAGACCUGUAAGAUGUGCGGAUCUGUGCUGAAGGACAGAACAGUCCAGGUGCUGAGCGCCCCGUCGGUCAGACGCACCUUCAAACCUCACCUGGUGAAGCCUCGCAGCGUGGGGACAAUGUCAGGAGGGCCACAAACACUGUCUGGAGGUGAUGGAGGAGGUAGAGGUCAAAAAAGGAGGCUACAGCUGGAGUUUGACUUGGCACAUGAAGAUCAGCUGUUGAACAGGAUUGUGUCUCUCAUAGAACCUGGAGGAGAUGACCACAAGCUGACGCCUGCUUACCUCCUGUGCAUGUGUAUACAACACUCAGCCUCGACCUUUCCACCGGGGAGUUUUGGAAAACUCCUGCUCAAGAUUGUCCGACGGAUCCAGACCAUUGCAUGGGAGAAGACAAAGGAGCUGGCUCAGAAGCAAGCUCAGCAUCAGGACCCAGCCUCCCUGUCUCUGCUCAGCAUCUCAGACUUGGUUCCAGACCUGCAGACCAUCUUCUUCUGGAUGUCCAACUCCAUAGAGAUCCUUUACUUCAUACAGCAGAGAGCACCAGCAUACACACACAGCAUAGAGACAUUGCAAGGGUCAAAGGAGUCGUUGCUAUCGGCGACCAUAUCAGCCAAUGAGGAGGCUAUGACUAUCUUGGAGGAAGUGAUCAUGUACACGUUCCAGCAAUGUGUCUACUAUAUCACCAAGGCUCUUUAUGUGGUGCUGCCAGGUUUGUUGGACUGCAAUCCAUUCCCGGUCAACAGCUCUGAGCCGUGCUGGAAAGGAGGUGUCGGGUUUCCUGAGCCAGUGCGCAGGGUGCUGCAGGUGUUUCAGAAUGCUCAGGAGCUUCUCCAUGGUUACCAGGUCCACCCCGAGAUCCAGGCUCAGAUGUUUGCGUAUCUCUUCUUCUUCUCCAACGUGUCGCUGUUUAACCAGCUGAUGGACAAAGGUCCCUCCCGGGGUUGGUUCCAGCGCUCCAAGGUGCUACAGAUCCAGGCGUGUCUGCAGAUGGUCAUGGAGUGGGCGAGCAGGUCCGGGCUGGGACAUCUGGCUGACAAAUUCUUCACCAAACUCAACAGUACUGUGUCCAUAUUGGCCACGCCACCUCAACAGCUAACACAAGCGGGUUGGCGAGCAUUGUCUAGUGAACACCCAACGCUGAAACCGGUGCAGCUCCACAGGAUUCUGACUCAGUACCAGCUCACAGCAGAGAUUGGCUCCGUCCCAGUGUGGCAACCCAGCAGUGAGGACGAGGCGUACAUAUACAGAACAGUCGACCUCCUGGAGAGCUUUGAGAAUCAUCCUCCCAUCGUCCUGCCCAGUGCUGGCUUCAGAGUGGACCUAGACAGUGAAUGUGUGGAGGACAGCAUCUACAGGCAGCUGCUCUACGUCCGACACUACCUGUGGGGACUACGCACCAAGACACAAACACACACCAGCACUCCCAGUGUGCACACACACUCCAAUGGAACCAACACAACUGACUGGCCCGAUGUUCAGAGGGAGUUGCUGCCUCCGACCCACAGCAGCCCCCAUUCUGGGGCUCCAGAGGACGAAGUGACCUCGGACCCAGCAGAGGAGCGAGGCCGGGACAGACCCUCAGGCCAAUCCCACACCCACAGCCUGAGGAGGAAUGGCGGGGUUCACCAUCAUCGGACAGCGACCUCGGACCCGUCCUGUCUUCUCACCCCUCCCAACACCCCCUUGUACCCGGAGGCAGGAGGAGGGUCUGGGCCCGUCGUCGCCACCAACGUCCAGACCAACGGCUGCACCGGCAGAACCAUGGCAGAAUAUAAAAAGACCAAUGGACUCAUCGCAAACGGACUGGAGGGGUGUAUUAGUGGGUGUGAGUUUCCUUUCCCUGUAUCCUCCCCUGGCGCCCCUUCCCUUCCUGAUGACUUGUGUGUGGUGUUUGUAGUGGAACUGGACAAGGGACCCUACGGACUGGGGAUGGGACUCAUAGACGGCCUGCAUACUCCUCUCAACGCUCCGGGUAUUUACAUCCGCACUCUGAUCCCAGAUGGGCCGGCGGCGUCUGAUGGCAGGUUGCGGAUCGGGGACCGAAUCCUAGCUGUGAACGGGACCAGUCUGAUCGGCGCAGACUAUCAAAGCGCGGUGGACCUGAUUCGUCUGGGAGGAGGUCGCCUUCGUUUCCUGGUGGCCAAAUCGGACCCUGAAGUCUCAGAGAAGAUCAGUGCCUCCUCCUGCUGACCACCUCCACAACCCAGCAGAGACGCACACAGCACGAAACGACAUGACGUGACAAAGAGCUGAACUACAAAGCCAGUUCAACAGAUCCAGACUUUCUUUAUCCAAGGUGGUUUGACAAAAACUAAAACCUCAGCGUCCAUGAAGGUGGUUUUCAAUUUUCUUUAACUCAAACUUUCUGCUUUAAACGCUCUUCACACAAAAGGAGAAGUUUAAAAUGUCAUGUGGCUCUUCUCGCAGUAAAUGAACCGAUCAGUUACAGCUGCUUCAGUCAACAGGUUCUUUUAAUAGGGAACAAUGAGGAAUAUAAAAAUGUAUGAUGGUAAAAAGCUGCUCCUGGAAAUGAUGCAGGACAGGAAUGCUGGUACAAAACUGCAAAAUGUAGCAUAAUAUAUGUAUUUUAUUAAUCAGUGCAGCUUGUUAUUUCUGACAGCUGCACAAUUAAACUUCAUAUAUUUAAACAUGAUAUUGUAUUGAAGUGCAUUUAGGUCUGACACUGUCCAAUAAUGCAGGAAAUCACUUUAAUUUGUGGCCAAAUCAAAAUAAAUAGAAUGUUACUGAUUAAAUAUUCUCUGUAAUAAAUAUUAAUAUGUUCUAAUCAGUGGUCUAUCAGCUGCAGAACCAGCAGAGUAAACGGACCAAACAAAAACAUAUUAAUGCGAUUUCUGCAUCACCAAGUAAAGACACUUCUAAUAGCCAAUUUAAAUCCAAAACUCUGAACAGAACCUGGACCAGGUUCACUCCACAGCAUCAGUUACCAUGGAGAUCUAGCAGAUAAAAAGAGAGCAACACCUUCAUGAUACUGAAAAAUGACUUUAGGCUGAACUUACCUGCAAACACACUUAUCUUACUCAUAGCGCUCAGAUACAGGUGUGCACUGAUAAACAGGGAAUACACACCACAUGAAAUAUGAAUGUCAAACCUACCGCCAGCACAGCACAAAGCCAAGCAAUCAAAGUGGAGAUGACACUCAGUGGCUCCACGCCACAGCUGCCAGACCUGCUUCCCUCCUGCUUGCUCCUACUGGGUUUGUGUAACAGACAAAAUAUGAAAUCCACUGCGACAUCAAAGGCAAGGAAAGUUGCCUAAUUAAUCAGCGUCAGAGUCGCUGAAGGUCUCGCCAGCCUGUGUGCAGUAUGAUGUGGUUUUAAAGCACAGUAGAUUCUCAUAAACCAACCCUUGCAGCAUGUGUGACUUACCCGUCUGUGUUUUAGAAUCAUUUGUUUUUGACUCCCGAUGUAAAUAGCAUGGUGAACUAGCUACCAAACUCUCAGAUGAAGGAACGGUUGAACUGAAACUGAUGCACUUUGCAGGUUUUAAAGCAACUGCGCAAACCCGUUUGUUUGACUACAACUGUCCGCUCUGCAGAUGAAACUUUUGUGAAUGAAUGUUGACUUUUGCACCGGAGAGUGAACGGAAAAGACAAGAACUCUCCCACAUCACAUUUCACCUCAUGAUCGGAUUUUACCUUUGCUGGAGAAAAACUAUUUACACUCAAAGUGGUCAUGUAGCUGCUGUUUAUUAUUUACCAUCAACACAGCAGGCUUCACACCUAGUGUAUAGUCCUGGUUGUGUACAAACUGCAGUGUAAAUAGUUGUAAAUAUUUACCGCUUUGUUUCAAAUUGUUUGGACAGUCAAAAGAGAAACUGAUUUGGGAUCUACUCCAUGUUUUUUCUUUCUGAAAUACAUUCAGACCGUUAAAUGGAGAGCCAUGUAGUUAUGGGUUAUGUACUUUCUUCCCCCCAUAAAUUGUGUAUUUACUUCAAGUUCUAUGACUGGGAGCACAAGAUGGCUUGUGCAGGAAGGAAUUGCAAAAUAGAAGGUUGCUUGAAGCUUAAAUGGUUGGUUUGCCAAAUUUAUGAAACAAAAAUGGUAUUUAUUCAUGCACAUUGUUUGUAGUUGUAUUAGUCUGCAGUCUCGGCCACCAAGCAAAUGCAUUGAAGUAUGCAGGUUCAGCUGUAAGAGUGGCUUAAUUUAUCCACCAGCUCCAAUCAGGAAAAAUGUCCAAAGAUUUAGGAUAAUAAUGAGGAAACUAAAACUCUUCAAUCUGUGAAGCCAGAACCAGCGAAUAUUUGCCGAUUUUAUUGGAAAUGAUUUAUUUUUAAUUGAUUACUUCUUUCGUCACUUGGACCUCGUUUCUGUUUCUACAUUUACACAUUGUUAUAACAUGAAAAAAAAAUCUGCUCCGUUUUAUUCUCAACUUGAUUCCAUUCGUUUACCUUCAACAUUUGUGUAACCUCAUGCAUGUUUAUUCUUCUCUGGUCAUUAUUUAUACUAUUGAUGAAGAAUGAUGGUACUUAAGAAUAAAGAUUGUUGGAUACA